CGCGCGUUGUUAUUGCUACAGAUAGCAUAGCUAGCGCUCAGCCAAGCUAUCUGAAUAUCACGCAGUCUUCCUGAGUUACUGGACUGCAAUGGAUGCCCUCGGAGCCUUAGACGAGGCAGAGAGGCCACGGCAUCGGCCUUUCCUAAUAGGGGUCAGCGGAGGAACCGCCAGCGGCAAGUCAACGGUUUGCGCCAAGAUCAUGGAGCUCCUGGGCCAGAACAAGGUGGACCAUCGCCAGAGGAAGGUGGCGAUCAUCAGCCAGGACUGCUUCUACAGAGUCCUCACUCCAGAGCAGAAGGCGAAAGCGCUCAAGGGACAGUACAACUUUGAUCACCCAGAGGCAUUUGACACCGAGUUAAUGUACAAGACCUUGAAGGACAUUGUGGAGGGAAAGGUGGUUGAAGUGCCGACGUAUGACUUUGUCACCCAUUCCAGGCUGGAAGACAGGAUCACAGUUUAUCCCGCAGAUGUGGUCCUAUUCGAGGGGAUUCUGGUCUUCUACCCCCAGAAAGUGCGUGACAUGUUUCACAUGAAGCUCUUUGUGGACACAGAUUCAGAUGUCAGACUGUCUCGCAGAGUUCUGCGAGACAUGACCAGAGGGAGAGACCUGGAGCAGAUCCUCACGCAGUAUACAACAUUUGUCAAGCCUGCUUUUGAAGAGUUUUGUUUGCCUACAAAGAAAUAUGUAGAUGUCAUCAUUCCAAGAGGAGUUGACAACAUGGUGGCCAUCAACCUCAUCGUGCAGCACAUCCAAGACAUACUCAACGGUGACAUCUGCAAAUGGCAGCGUGGGUCCAUGAACGGUCAUGCGCGAGGCUUCAAACGGGCCAUUUCUGAGCAGGGGGACCUGCAGACCGGAGCCGCUAAUCCUGCUGGAAAGAGGGUCCUGCUGGAGCCCAGUUGUCGGCCCCACUGAGACCGAGCGGAUGCAUGGGUGGACGGAUGUGUCCGGACUGUGAAUAUGAGCUUUGAGUUUUAAGAUUGCUGCUACUGAUUUGUGAGGGAUGGGUCAGCAACUGUGAUGCUGGUCUCACCCUUUGCAGUGUUUUUUUCCAAGUAUCCACAAUCUGACAGUGCAAGCUUUUAGUGCUGCAACCUCUUCAUAUUUUCACUGUAAUUAUUGGUGAACAACCAAUAUGCUAAAAUGCUUUUCAGAUGCAACAGUCUUCCAUGACGGUGUGACUUUUCCUUGUUGUCUGAGGUCAGAUGACCGGUUACUGAGAUGGAAGGUAAUAUAUUUGGGGGUAGGACGUGUCAUUUAAAUGUUUAAUUUCAGUCAUGCUUUUGCACCUUGACCUUAUAUUUAUACCUGCUUUUUUUGUUGCUUUAAUUUAGAUUUUAUUUAAAUUAUAUUCACCUUAACCUCUUGUUAUGUUGCUGCUUUCCCUGUGUGUUUUAACUGAUUUAAAUCAAAUCAGGCCAGAUGGCUGUGUGGUGUAGGACUGUCGCACCUAGUGCUUCCUUUUGAUCAUUUACAGUUAAAUACAUGCCUUAAUUUUUUUAAAAGUUCAUUUUCCAGUGACCAUUCUGUACAACAAUAAAUGGAAAUUCUCUGAACAA